GCACGGCAGCGUCUCCUCUCUCUCUCUGAACAUGGGGACUCUGGAGGAAGUGGAACUCUGUUUUCCUCACAUUAACACCUCUUGCAGGAGGACAAGACGUCCUUACAUGGAGACCUCACUCAUUAACAGUGUGUUGUCCUGCAUCAUUGUGCUCACUGUGAUUCUUAACCUGCUGGUCAUCAUCUCUAUCUCCCACUUCAGGCAGCUCCACACCACCACCAACCUCCUCCUUCUCUCUCUGGCUGCUGCUGACUUCCUUGUAGGUUUUGUAGAAAUGCCAUUUAUUCUCCACCACAACCAAGGCUGCUGGCUCUUGGGCGACGCCAUGUGUGGCCUGUAUUACUUUUUCGGUUUCCUCGUUAUCAGCGUUUCAGUGGGAAGCAUGGUGCUGAUAUCAGUCGACCGCUACAUAGCGAUUUGUGACCCCAUGUUUUACACCACCAGAGUCACUCUGACCAGAGUUAAACUCUGUGUUUGUCUGUGUUGGGUAUUUUCUAUUGUACACAGCAGUUGGAUAUUGAGGGAGUUCUUAAAACAGCCUGACGUGUAUAACUCCUGCUAUGGAGAUUGUGUUGUUGCUGUUAAUGUUGCUGAAGGAGUCAUUGAUCUUGUUGUGACCUUUUUAGGUCCCAUUUUGAUUAUUGUAAUUCUGUAUUUGAGAGUGUUUGUGGUGGCUGUGUCUCAGGCUCGGGCCAUGCGCUCUCACGUUACAGUUGUCACAAUGGCGCGUUCCCAGAAUGUAAAAGCUAAGAAAUCUGAGAUUAAAGCAGCCAGGACUCUCGGUAUUGUAGUGGUUGUGUUUCUUCUGUGCUCAAGUCCAUAUUAUUGUUUUGUUAUUGCAGCCGAGACUAACUUGGUUGGGGCAUCAACAUCAGGCAUUGAGCUUUGGUUCUUGUCAUGUAACUCCAGUCUAAACCCUGUUAUCUAUGCCUUUUUCUAUGCGUGGUUCAGAAAAACCAUCAAACACAUCGUCACACUCAAGAUACUGCAACCCGGCUCCUGUGACACCAGUGUAUUGUAGAAAGAGACAUUGAAGUUGUGGUGGCGGGUAAUGGCAAAUGUCUAAACAAGUCGGUUUAAGUCCAAAUUUGAGACAAUUGCAUGUACUGUAACAGGUCAGGACUGGUGCAGUGGUUUGUGGUUGUGGGUUUGCUUGAUAAUUCAUAGAUGAGAAGUACAGACUGUUCAUAAGAGUUUUAAGCAGCACUGAAUAGAGCUUCAUUACUGUAAUACUCUCAAGUUGUUUUCCAUUUUACAAUGCUUAAGUAAUAAAAAUACUUCUUAUAAAUAGCUUUGGUUGGAACACAGGAAUGUGAAGAUUUGACUACCAUGAGCAAUCUUUCCUUAUUGACUGUCUUUAACAUGAGUACAUUUCAAUGUCCAUGUUUAUUUGUGUUCAUUUGCUGAUGUGCACUAAUGAUCUAUAAACCUUAUGUAGUUGUUAUUUAUUCAUGAAUGUAUGUAAUGUUUUACUGCUGCAGACACUGUAAAGUCAAGGCAAAAAUGUCCAAUUCUACACACAAACUUGGGGACACAUCAUAGACAUAAUACAUACACUAGCCCCCUAUCCUAACCUUAACCAUCACAACUAAGUGGAUAAUCAUAACCCCUCACAUGAACCUAAUUCUAACCGUAAUCCUAACACCAGGUCUUAACCCUGGAAAAAAGAAAAAUCUAAUUGUACGUUAUUUUGGACCUCCCUAAAGUCGUAGGCACACUUUUUCAUUGUUUUCAAUCUGUCCCUGAAUCUACAGCCACUUGAGGACAACAUGUACGUGAACUACUACAAGAUAGUUAGCCUGACGCUAACAUUGCUGCCACUGGUAACUGAAAGUCAGCAGCUAUUACUGUGUUGGGGAUCAACAAUAGUGGCAAUAAUAUGAUUGAUAAAAUAAAAAUAUACAUAUACAAAAAAUAAUAAUA